AUGCGUAUUUUGGCAUUCGAUAUAGUUGUUACUGAAUUUUUGACGAUCUGUGACAUGAUAUUGUUAGAAAAAGAUGUUUGGCAUUCUUUACAAGAGAUUAUAGACGAAAAUAGAGUUGUAGAAAUUUACGAUGUUAAGGUGAGUGAAAUUCUCAUAGGUAUUGCUACUUGGGAAUCUGAAGUCACAUAA